AUGAGUUCAGUUGGAACGAGCACCGAUAUUCCAUCGAUCCAGGUCCUCAAUUUCUAUCUAUCUCCGUUGAUCUAUCUAUCUAUCUAUCUAUUUAUCUAUCUUGUCUGUCAGUCUGAACAUAUCUAUCUCAGUUUGUUCAUAUCUAUCAAUCUAUCACAUUCUGAGCAUAUCUAUUUAUCUAUCUCAGUUUGUUUCUAUCUAUCUAUCUAUCUCAGUCUGUUUCUAUCUAUCUAUCUAUCUAUCUAUCUAUCUAUCUAUCUAUCUAUCUGUCUCUACCUGCCUCCGUUGAUUCAUCUUUCAUUGAAGGAAGAUAUCAAAUCUGUGUGGUUACCCCCCUCUCUUUCUUCUGUAUCUCCUCUUCUUUUUUCUCACCUUCUCUCUGCGUCCCAGACUUCGAUUUCUCUUUCCCCACCUCCCUCUGUUCAUAUCUAUCUAUCUAUCUAUCUAUCUAUCUAUCUAUCUAUCUAUCUAUCUAUCUAUCAUAGUCUGUUUAUAUCUAUCUAUCUAUCUAUCUAUUUCCGAGAUAUCUCUCAAAGUCAUCAUCAUCAUCAUCAUUGCCUCAUAUCUAUCUAUCUAUCUAUCUAUCUAUCUAUCUAUCUAUCUAUCUAUCUAUCUAUCUAUCUCAGUCUGGUUGUAUCUAUCUAUCUAUCUAUCUAUCUAUCUAUCUAUCUAUCUAUAAGUCUGUUUCAAUCUAUCUAUCUAUCUAUCUAUCUAUCUAUCUAUCUAUCUAUGAGAUCUCUCUCAAAGGUUUCGGGAAUUUAA